AACGCUCCGGCAUUGGCAUGGCUACCGCCUUGGCCGUUUAACAGGGUCUUUUCCACCCUUAGUAAGCCAAGUCACAGACGAACGCGUUAGCUUGAAAUCGUGCACAGUGAGCUGAUUUAUAUUGUAGCGGUACAUGUUCUAUAUUCAGCGGCUCAUAGUUGGCAAGCAGAGCAAAGUGCGCGUACGGUAGUUGAAGGACCUGUACCCCAAGAAAGGGUUCGGGCGGUUGGGACGCAAGUGCCUUGGUAUGAUUGAUGCAAGUUCAUUGUAUGCAUGAAGGCUGAGCAUGGCAACCUUACAAGUUCUUACCCUUAACGUUUGGGGGUUAUGGCUGGUGUCAAAAAAGCGAUACAACCGCAUUUUGCACCUUGCGGAGUUUCUUGCUAAUGAUGCACCUCAGAAACACAACCUGGACGUUGUUCUACUACAGGAGGUGUGGGUUGACCACGAUGCGCAAAUCCUCAUUUCAGCGGCCCGUGUCGGUGGCCUGCCGUACGCCGUCCAUUUCCGAUCUGGCGUGUUCGGCAGCGGCCUGCUCACCCUCUCUCGCUACCCCAUCAUCGACACCAUGUUCCACCAGUACAGCUGCGCGGGCGACCCCCUGGCGCUGUCCUGCGGGGACUUCCUGGCGGCAAAGGGUGUGGGUUGGGUGCGGCUGCGCGGUCCGGGCGGGCGGCUGGUGGAUGUGUUCAACACGCACCUGCACGCCAACUACUCCCACAAGUACGACAAGAGGGGGGCGGGCACAGCGGCGGCAGCAGCAGCAGCGGGAGGAGGCGGUGGAGGGGCAGGAGCGGCUGGAGGAGGGGCAGCAGCAGCGGAAGCAGUAGCAGGGGGGGAGGUCAUUCCCGCGGCUGCGGUGGACGAGUUUGCAGCCUUCCGGAUGGCGCAGAUGGUGGAGCUGUGUCGCUGGGUGCAGCAGGUCAGCGCACUGCGGGC